AUGCUCCCCCGGUACCCCCCCAAUACCCCCCCGUCCCGGGGCGGUCACGUGUACCCUCAAGUCGCCAUUGCGACUUCGCCGCGCGCGCUGCGCGUCUCAAAGCCCGCUCCCCCGUGCCGUGCACCUCUUCCCCUCCCCUCAUCCCUGGUGCGCUCUCUCCACCUGGCCAUUUGGCCAAGUCCUCCGCUCCCGCCAACUGGCGACCUCCCCCCGGUGACUACGCCCGGCCCCUCCCUGGGCCACGACGCGCCCCCGGGGGGCCCCGCCCCGGAGCUAGCGACCCGGGGGACCCUACCCGUGGAGGGGGGCUGCUCGAGGAUCAUAGGGGCGACGUAG